ACAAUUUCACCUUUACUAAAGUAAUACCUUGCCACAUGAAGGUCAAAACCCGAACCGCUUUUAUCGUUUCCCGUAGCCGUUUUCCAUCAUCUCCGUCCCAUUAUCGCCGACUUGCUCGAGAUCGAUGGAGAGCGAUGGUGAGCAAAAGGCAGAAGGAGGCGCGGAAGAGGUUCGAGGGGACGAAUGCCCGACCGGAGGAUGCCACCACUUCGAUCCCCAAGGCGGAGAAGGGUAUGAAGUCGAGAAACACGAAGAGGAGGAAGGAGGGUGGCUUUAAGAAGAAGAGCGGAACUUCAGCUCUAAGGAAGCACCCACUCAGGGUCCCGGGGAUGCGUCCCGGAGAGAGCUGCUAUAUUUGCAAGUCAACUAGCCACAUCACCAAGCUGUGCCCCGAGAAGGCCGUAUGGGAAAGGAAGAAGGGGGGACAAAAUUUGCAAAUUGCCUCAUCUGCACGUGCAAGUCUUAGUUGUUUGUGCUCGAGGAAUCCAUCGAUACACGCUUUGAGGAGCUAAGUCUGGACAUCAGCAUUCACGAUGGAUCAGCAACAAUUUUAGUCCUCAGUUGAUCAACGGUUUUCACAGUUAAACGAAGGUGUUAACAUCAUCCGAUAACGACAGCUCGAGUUGUUCAAGUUCUUGCAUUGUUCUUGGCCUCCAAGGCAGCAAGCUAAUCUUCCUAUUGUUUAGUGUUGUUCCCCUUGUUAAACUUUUGAUUGUUAUGAAUUUGUAUAGAUAUUGUAUUUAUUUUGCUGACGUGAAUGCUACAAGACUAUGUGUCGGCUAUUAAAUGUUUAAUCU